GACGUCCUUCUCCCGGCUCGGCCACUUCGUCGCCAGCCACCCGGUGUUCUUCGCUUCGGCGCCCGUGCUCAUCUCCAUCCUGCUGGGCGCCAGCUUCAGCCGCUACCAGGUGGAGGAGAGCGUGGAGCACCUCCUGGCCCCCACCCACAGCCUGGCCAAGAUCGAGCGGAACCUGGUGGACAGCCUCUUCCCGGUGAACCGCUCCAAGCACCGGCUCUACUCCGACCUGCAGACGCCGGGGCGCUACGGCCGGGUGAUCAUCACCUCCUUCCGCAAGGCCAACAUGCUGGACCAGCACCACACCGAUCUCAUCCUCAAGUUGCACUCUGCUGUGACCAGGAUCCAAGUGCAAAGACCUGGUUUCAAUUACACGUUUGCCCAUAUAUGUAUCCUGAACAAUGACAAGACAUGCAUAGUGGACGACAUAGUGCAUGUGCUGGAGGAAUUAAAGGCUGCUCGUUCUUCUAAUCGAACUAAUUUUGCAAUCACUUAUCCGAUUACUCACUUAAAGGAUGGCAGGGAAGUGUAUAAUGGGCAUCAGCUUGGUGGGGUUACUGUGCACAGCAAAGACCGGGUGAAGUCUGCAGAAGCCAUUCAGCUCACCUACUACUUGCAGGCAAUCAACUCCUUGAAUGACAUGGUGGCAGAAAAGUGGGAAUCCAUUUUUUGUGACACUGUUGAACUUUUCCAGAAAUCCAACAGGAAAGUCAAAAUGUAUCCUUUCACUUCUUCUUCGCUGAAGGAGGAUUUCCAGAAGACGAGCAGGGUGUCAGAACGCUACCUGAUCACAAGCUUGGUCCUUGUGGUCACCUUGGCCAUUCUCUGCUGCUCCAUGCAGGAUUGUGUCCGCAGCAAACCCUGGCUUGGCCUGCUGGGAUUGCUGACCGUGACCCUUGCCACCCUGACUGCAGCCGGGAUCAUCAAUCUCACUGGUGGGAAAUACAAUUCCACCUUCCUGGGGAUCCCCUUCGUCAUGUUAGGUAACUAUCUCCUACUCUCUCUUUUGUGUGUUUGUGCCUCCCUGACGCCUUUCCCAGCCGGCGGAGAAGCAGCACUGCAUGACUCCCAGUAUCUGCUCCCUGUAACACUGCCCCGUGCCAAAUCCGCACCGCCUCAUUUCCUAAACAGCUUGUGCCGUGCCCGGACGUUGCGAUUAUUUCUGGGUUUCUGCUGUAUGGCGCAGUGCCCACGUGGUGGUGAGGACCAAGUACGUGCUGCUGCCAUGCGCGGUGCAAGGAGCCCUGCUGCUGCUGCUCUGCGUUUCAGUGGCCAGCUUUAGGAGACCUGCGCGUGGCUCUCUUGCUGGACUGGCAGUAUCGGCUGCCCUGACAAAUAAAGGGCGGAUGGAGAGCUCGCUCCUUGGCAGAGCAGAGCAGUGCAGGGCAGGAGGUCCCUGUGGGUUGUGCUGCAGCCCCUCGCUGUGCUGCGGGAUCUUUUCUGGAGGAUGGGAAGGAGGGCAGGAGGAGGACGGGCAGGUCCCAAGCUGCGAUCUCGUGCCUUUGUGUUGGUGCCGGUGCUUCAGGACGUUUGCCCUCCAACCAGACAGGCAGGGGGCUUCCCAAGGGGCAGAAGGAGUUUUGGAGAUCUCACAGCCUCUGUGUUUGUGUUUGGUUCAUGAGCAGCGUGAAAAGCUCCACGUGCCGUAGGUGUUUAAUGUGCCCUCGUUCCCAGCAUUGUUCAUUGGUGGAGAAUAAUACAUGCAUUGAUUUGAUCACAGCUUUCCCAGCUGAAAAUGAGUGCUCAGGAAUACUUCAGAUUUCAAGAGUAAGAGUGCCUUCGCUGACUUAGUCGCAUCAUGUAGUGAUACGUCACGUUUCAGCAUAGCUGUUUUUAUAUUGAGCACCAGGUUCCUGUGCCAUGCCCAUGCUGUAUAUGUGGUAUUGUUGCACUUUAAUUAAAGACUGUGCUUCAGUGCCUCACACUACCAGCUAAUGUGCAGAAUGUAUUUGGUGACAAAGAGAGUUCAGCUGCAUUGCAUCGGCUGCACGUGUCACUCUUGUUUUCAGGUGAUAUCCAUGUAAAUUAAACUGCCUCAUAAUCUAGAGGAGAAACAACACAAGGAGUCAGAGUCGAAGGCUUUCUGACCGGGGUCUUUGUUUUCUUUUGUGGGUUCUUAUGUUUAUGCAUGUGUUAGAAAAAUCUCUUUCUCAAAGUAAGUAGUCUGUGUAAGCUACAAAAGAGUAGCCAUAGCAGGAAAACAGUCUGAAGUACAGCCUCUGAAAGGAUAGUGCCUGGGGAAGCUUACUUUGAAAUAUGAAAUAUUACCUCUUUUUAGGGAGCAAGGCUGCUGCUUUCCGGGGCAGCUUUUCAAAUCAUGAGUUCACUGAUAGUAGCUACACUGAGAUUUUGAAUCCUUAAAUAUUACAGAUCAUUAUAAAAAAUCUGGUUGUGCUUAGUGAGUUUCAGAUGCACAGCUCAGCUCUCACUCUGAGCAAGCCAGGGCAGAGCAGUGCAUUCAUGGGAAUCUCACAUGCUUCCUUGACUUCAUUGAGGUUAGAAUUUUUUAAUGAGAACUGCUUUAAAAAACAGUAAUAGCUGGAAAGGCAUGACUUUUCUUUCUUUUUUUUUUUUUCUUGCUGCAGUAAAGCAACAAGAUUCAUCAUGCAUUUCAAAAUGUGCUUCAUUCCUAUACAUCACUUUGCUUGCAGAGGAUGGUUUAGCUCAAGGUAGCUGAAGGCUGGAGACACAAACCACUUUCCAUUAUAGCUGGCUGAACUACUUCCACUUAAUUUCAGUGACCAUCAGAUUAGAUCAUAGAUUAACUGACCUUUAGAAAGCUAAAGGAUUUCUGGCUAACAGUGUAGUCCCAUAGCUAUUACUCAUAAUCUCAUGGCUAAAAGCAGAAAUUAGAUAGAAAAAACGCUUACGCUGGACACAUUUCAGGCAAGGCCCCUCUGCUAGUAUAAAUCAUUAAUGAAGUUUUCUUGGUUUGUAGCAGCUGAGGAUUUUUAACUUUCCAUCAGCACUGUGAGUUGAGGGGGCUCCCCAGACAUGGUCUGACCUCUGCUGCAGGACAACAUCACGUCUUCCCCAGUCUGUCUCCUUGGAGCACUUCCCGCUGUUGCUCACUGUGCUACCUCUGCAGCAUUGGCAUCAUGUCUAACCCAAAUUCCCCUUUUGCAGCUCAGCUGCCCUUAUUCAUCCACAGCAUCUGGAAAACAAUGUAUUUUCUUUUUCUUGACAUAUAUGGGAACACUUCCAGUUAUGCAGUCCUCUUCUGAUCCAUCCCAGCUUCCCUCAGGUGGUUCUUCCUGGCCUUGCAGCAAACUCAUUGCUCUUGGCUGCUCCACAUCCUCUAUGGAGUGCGGUGCCUGGAGCUGGGCGCAGGAUUUGGGCUGAGUCUUUCAGCACCGAGCAAAGUGGGAGGAUUAUUUCACACAUCUCACAUAUGGCAGUCCUGUUCAUAUAUCCCCACAUGACAUUCAUUUUUUGCAGCAAUCUGAAGUGGUUGGCGUUCGGUUUGUUGCACGCGGUAAUUCACUGACCAUGCGUGCUGCUUUCUGCCGUGUUUGCACAACCGAUUGUUCCAGCACAAGGUUUACCCUUGUCCUUGCUGAAUUUAUGUCACACCACUGCUCCUGUUUGCGAAGUUCACCCUGAUGUCAUCACUGCUGUUCCAAGAUACGUUCACUGAAGAUGGUCAGCAAUGUUUUGCAAUUAUCCACUUUCUCAUAUUUUCAGGAAUUCCUUCUGGAAUAGCUCAGGUCGUUCGUCCAGUCAUAAGUUUGUCUUAAUCAUUUAGACAGUAUGGCCGCAGAACCCUCGGUUCGGUGCGCUCUGUAAUGCUCAUUUUUACCCAUCAUGUUUCCCUUAGCAUCCCUCAGCACCAGCCAUUUCCAAGAACAAGCAAUCUGCAGGGAAGGGUGCCAGCCUCUGUGUGUGUUCGUCCUUAGCUUCAGCACCACUGGGACAAUUACAAAUACUGAAAUUAGCACAGCUGAGCAAGCUGCACUCCCAAGCUCAGACAGUGUGAGCAGGAAGGAACAUCUUUUGCUUUCCCCACCUGUUAAAUACAACAUACUACUUUAAACCUCCUGUGCUUUGGAUUUAAUCACCUUCAGUGUACUGUCUCGUAAUUUAUUUUCCUCUUUAAUUAAGGCAGGUUACAGUAGCUCAGCUGAUGAAAGGUAACUCAUUGAGUUGUGGUAACACAGGCACCAAUGCCUGCCUGUACCCAGGGCCGAUGCCUGUACAGGAUUCCUCCUGCAAGGAGGCCAGCAGCUGUAUGCUGCCUGCAGCCUCCCUCUUCUCCAGGGAAGGCUCAGCAGGUCCAGUGGGGAUCUUCUCAUCAGCUUGGCAGGCUCCUACCAUUCAUCUGGGUGUAUUUAGAGUUAGCGUAUGCCUUGCCGGUUCUGUGAAGCUGCCGCCACCUGCACUUUGCAGAGUUGUGUAAGGGCAGAGGUUCACAUGGAAUACUUGGCUGCAGUAAGUCUGUCCACUUUUGACCCUAAGAAUUAUAUACCAAAAGAACAAAUUCUUCCUAAUUCAGACGAAUUGAAAAUAGUUGAGUUGUUGUGCCAGCUGAAAAGCAGAAACAAAAUUCUGAUUUCCUGCUGCUCGUUCCACUGAAAUCUAUAGAUGUUUGGUCUGGCACAGAUGCUAAUGUAUUCAUUGCAAAUUUUCCUUUAUGCAUUAAAUAUUGUUUAAUAACUGCCAAUCCUAUAAAAAUACCUGUUUCCUA